AUGAACACAUUGUGCAUCCUCUCUAGCAAUGCAGUUCACCCCGUUAAAGCUAUCGAGGUACGAAUGGCAUUCAUCCAGAGCCGUGUCGCCCAUGCGAGGGCAUUGCACACCAAGAGGCUGCGCUCCACUCCCAGAACACACUGCACCACGGCUAGUCGGAAUCUGAAAAGUGGCAUCCUGGCACACACUCACUUCCGUCAUGUCGGCCGUAGCGCCUUGCACCAGCUUCUUGAAAGCCAAAAACACCAAGCCCGACUUUAA